AUGGACGGUGACGGCGGCGAGGAAGAUUCUCGCAACGGAUGUUCGCCGGUAACUCUUCAAACCACCGAUCAACUCAUCGCCAGGUGCAUAGCUCCCGUCAAAAACGAAUUCCUUCGUCCUCCUCCCGAUCGAACUUCAUCCCAAAACGACGACGUUUCAGUCCCAAAGGACAAACCCCCCGUUCUCGCCAAGGAGAAGAAAUCCAAACGCCAACUCAAACGCGAACGGCGCCAGGAUCAAAAAUCAACAAAAAAUCUGUGUCCAGAAAUUUCCAAGUCAGGUGAUGUUAAUUCGUGUCGUUAUCAAGAUAAGUGUCGUUUCAGCCAUGAUAUAGAAGCUUUUAAGGAACAGAAACCGGCUGAUUUGGAAGGUGAAUGUCCUUUUUUGAAAUCUGAAGGGUCUUGUCCUUAUGGUUUAUCGUGUAGAUUUUUAAGUACUCAUGAAGAAGGUAAGCCUUUAUCUUCUAAUGGAUUGGAGAGGAGGUCUGAAGUUAAUGGUUUUAGCAAAGAUGUUCAAAAGCUUUUGUGGAAAAAUAAGAUGACUUUCCCCAAGGCCGAUGCGAUUCUCAAAAGUCUUGGCCUCUUGUCUAAGUCAAAAGGGAAUGCCUUGGCAAACAAAGAUGGUGGUGACAAAUGUGUUCAGUCUGAUGAAAUUGGUUCUUGUGUGGUUACAUCUGAGUUGGAAAGCAAAGACGGUGUCGACAAAUGCCAUCAGUCUGAUGACGAUGAUUCUUUUGGGGUGAUCGUUGACUCGGAUUCUAAGUUAGAAUGCUCUGUAGAGGUUCUAAAAGAUGACGAUGUCAUCAAUAAAGAACUUGAUUCUGAUGUACUUUGUCCCCUGAAGAGAAGAAAAACUGCACAAGAUUGUGGUGGUGAGGAGACAAAAACUGAAGGUGUGAGUGUUAAUGGUCAAAAUGUUGACGGAAGCUGCAUAAGAUCUGAACCAGAGGCAGGAACUGAAGCUUUGACCCCAGGAACUGAUAUAAGCUUGAAAUCACACUCGCGUGAGAAGAAGCUUAUUGAUUUCAGGGAGAAGUUGUAUCUUGCCCCUUUGACCACUGUUGGAAAUCUCCCUUUCCGGAGAGUUUGCAAAGUAUUAGGAGCUGAUGUAACAUGUGGUGAAAUGGCAAUGUGCACAAAUCUUUUGCAGGGUCAAGCUUCAGAAUGGGCAUUGCUGAGACGCCAUUCAUCUGAAGAUUUAUUUGGUGUACAAAUCUGUGGCGCAUAUCCAGAUUCUGUGGCGCGAACAGUUGAACUAAUAGAAAAGGAAUGUUCAGUAGAUUUCAUUGAUAUAAAUAUGGGCUGCCCUAUUGACAUUGUUGUGAACAAGGGUGCUGGAUCAGCUCUUCUUACAAAACCAAUGCGCAUGAAAAGUGUUGUAGAAGUAGCUUCAGGCACAGUUGAUAUACCAAUAACUAUCAAGGUACGGACAGCUUAUUUUGAAGGGAAGAACCGUAUUGACUCAGUGAUAGCAGACUUUAGCUCCUGGGGAGCUAGUGCAGUGACAAUACAUGGUAGGUCACGGCAACAACGCUAUAGCAAGCUUCCUGACUGGGAUUACGUAUAUCAAUGUACCAAGAAAGCCCCUAAAAAUUUGCAAGUAGUGGGGAAUGGAGAUGUUUUUUCAUUUGAAGACUGGAACAAUCAUAAAACUGAUUGCCCUGAGCUUGCUACAUGCAUGAUUGCCCGUGGUGCACUGAUUAAACCUUGGAUAUUUACAGAAAUAAAGGAACAGCGACAUUGGGACAUCAGUUCAGGCGAGCGGUUAAAUAUUUUCAAAGAUUUUGUGCAUUUUGGUCUUCAACAUUGGGGUUCAGAUACCAAAGGAGUGGAGACAACCAGACGGUUCUUGUUGGAAUGGCUUAGCUACACCUGUAGGUACAUACCUGUUGGUCUUAUGGAAGUUGUUCCACAACGAAUAAAUUGGCGUCCACCAUCUUACUAUGGGCGUGAUGACCUUGAGACACUGAUGGCCUCAGACUCCGCAGCUGACUGGGUGCGGUUAUCAGAGAUGUUACUUGGCAAAGUUCCAGAUGGCUUUGCUUUUGCACCGAAGCAUAAAUCAAAUGCUUACGACAGAGCUGAAAAUGGCUAA